UACCAGCACAACUGGUGUUUGGUUUCACUUCCCUCCACUCCCUUUCUGUCUUUCAUUGCUUUGAAUCUUUGAAUAAAAGGACUGAGGAACUUCCUCGUGUUUACAUUUGUUUUUCAGCUCCCUGACCUGUUCAUCGGGACACACUGAAACAUUUUUUUCUGAUUUUCUUGAGCCUUUUAACCCUCCAGCUGCCCUCCAGGAGGCACAUCCAGACAGUUUUCAUCACUGCAAGAGGAAUAAAGUCACAGUGAGGUAAUAAAUAUCAACGUAACUGGAACUAAAGGCAACUGGACGUCACCCAGAGAGGAUGGAGAAGGACGUGUGAUGUUCGCUGGUUGCUGAUCAGCUGUUGGACCUGAUGGCAGAAGCAAAGAGAGACACUGAGGCGAACAUCAUGACUCCAGAUGACCUCCUCAGUGGUUCCAGUUUAACCACUAAGGAGCUGCAGCAGAACUGGAGGGAGGUGAAGAGGAACGAUCGACCUGUCAGGCUGCUGUUUGAAAUCCCAUCAAGUCGGAUCGUUGAGCAGGCGCUGAGCAAAUAUGUGGUGUACCAGGUGGUGGUGAUGCGCUCCGGCAGCUUCGAUUCCCGCCGGGUUUCGGUGGAGCGCCGCUACAGCGACUUCUCCCGCUUCCACCACCAGCUGCUGCAGGAGUUCGGUGAGGAGCUGGAGGAGGUUCUUCUGCCCCGCAAGCUGCUAACGGGAAACUUCAACCCCGACAACAUCCAGGAGCGACGCCUGGCGCUGCAGGACUACCUGGCCAAGCUGUACUCCACCCGCUGCGUCCGGCACUCCCACCACUUCCCGGCCUUCUUCACCGAGCCAGAGCAGCGCCGAGGCCACAGCCUGAUCCGAGCUGGACAGUUCAGGGCGGCCGUGGAGCAGCUGCAGACGGUUCUGGAGAUCCAGGAGAAGCUGUUGCCGUGGCAGAAGCCCACCCUGGUCGUACCGACUCUGGCCGCCCUCGCCGUCGGCCACCGGGACCUGGACGACCCGGAGCAGGCGUUCGGCUGCGCCCAUAAAGCCCUGCCUCCGGUGAGACGCUACGGACUGAAGCAGUACCGGGCGGCGCUGCUGGAGCUGCUGGUGGAUCUGGGGUACCAGCUGGGCCGACCGGUGGCCCAGAUGCAGGAGGAGCUGACCGCCCUGAGGGACGCCGAGCGGGGGGAGGCCUGCUGCCGGUCCCUGAAGGAGCUGGUGAUCCAGGAGUUCCUCUGAGGACGGAGCUCCCUGGACUCUACAUUCUGGCGCCCCUGGAACAAUAACAAACUCCUCUGGAAGUUUCAUGGCCAAGAGAUAGCUCUCCUACACCCCCCGCACUUUCCCAAGGACACCUGUUGACUUUUGGACCGGGCCAACCGAGGACGUCUCCAUAGCAACCUUGCUGUGUUAUCGCGCUCCCACCCUCGCGAACUGAGACACCGGAGGUCUGAGAUGGAAGAAGAUGGGCUACACACAUACACACACAUCGGACUCAUGAACUGAGGACUGAGCUAAACAUUCGCACACACAUUCCCAUCACCAUCCCCCCCGCCUCCACAAGCUUCCCUCACUAUACACAGGAGCCAGGAAUCCGUGCACCUGCACAGGAACCGGCUAACUGUGUGGUGCUCCCCCCUCCACCACCCCACAUCCUUAUCCCAACUUUCCUUGUCUAACGUCAUGCUUUGGCUGUUUGCGGGUUUGUUUUUUUAGGUUCCUUCUCAAAUUGAAUUUCCCAACAUUGGAGGUUUCAUUUGGUACAACGAGCCUGUUUUUUUUCUUUUACCCUCUGCUAUCCCUACCCAGAUCCCAACAUGUCCUUUUUCUUUUUUCUUCAAGAAAGGUGCGCGCAGCACUGCGCAGCAGCCGGAGCUGUCAUUGGCAGGGCAGCUCGAAUGAAAUUUCGUUGUAUAUGAAAAUGUGCAAUGACCAAUAAAGAUUGAUUAAAGAUUGA